AUGUUAAUAAUACGGAAUAUUCAAUCGUCAGUUGCAGGUUCCAGAUUGAUGCUAUUAGGCUUACGAUUAAAAAAUAGUGAGACGCCCAGAUUAUGGGUGAUAAAUAAUAAUUUAAUUAGUAGCCGUUUAAGUUCAAUGGCUAAUAAUGAAUCAAGAGGAUUGAUGGAACGGUAUGAAUCAUUCUUAUCACGGCGAUAUCCUAAAGUUUAUGCUGUUCACAGAAUGGUCAUCAGUGGAUGUAAAUGGUGCUGGUCAGAUAUAAAGAUAUAUUAUCGAUUGAAGAAAGAUCUAAGAACUAAAACACGACAGAUAUCGGAGCUUAAACAAUCUGAAUUGAAAAUUCUUCUCCAGACUAAAGAAGAAUUACUGAAAUUGGCAGUUAUUGUCAUCUUUAUACCACUGCCACUCACCGUUUAUAUUUUCGCAUUAGCCGUGGUGUUUUUUCCUCGACUUGUCUUAACUCGACAUUUUUGGACGAUUGAUCAGCGAAAAAGAUUUUGGUCGAUAAGUUUAAAACGUACAGCACAAAUGCAUUUUGAUCCACUACGAAAAUAUCUUCAAAAAUUGGACGUUAAUGUGCAAACACCACUGAAAGAACUCAAGAAACUGGAGUUGCCGGAAAUGAAUACUUAUUCGCUUGGACACUUGUACCACUUAUCAAGGCUUCAUCGAGUAAGUUUCCUUACUGCCGGUGUUCGCGGACUUCAUGAUCGGGCAGAAAUACUUCGACAUUUGGAUCGUUUGUUAAAAGAAGAUACUGUGAUCGAUAUGAUGAAUGAGCAGCAGUUACAUGAGCAGUUUUAUCUACGACGUUUGCAAUAUGAUGGCUUAUCAGAAGAAAAGAUGAAGUGUUUGCUUAAAAAUUGGGUUCAACAUUUGACUGAUCCAUGUUUGGAGACGUCUCUUUUCUUGCAUGUACCCAUCUUUGAAACUGCCUUGAAAAGUGCUGCCGAAGAUUUAAAGGCCAAUUAG